UUGACAUUCUUCCUAAAAUCACUGUUUUGUUUACUUUUGUAAACAAUCUUUUAAUUAAAAAAGAUAUAAAAAUUCCAUAUAUAUCUGUAUUUGCGGACACGGUUGUUUUCCAUUCCCUACUUAACAACAUGCAAACUGUGCAAAACACUCACAAUUUCACUCACUCACCCAAUGAUUGAACGAGUUCACCACAAUUACUUCUAUGCAUUUUCAGAGGACGACGAGCAAACGACGUCGUCUGAUGAAAUUACCACUCCACGGCCGCCGCCAAGACCUGUUCACCUAUCGGAAAGUUACAAUGUCCGUCUUUACAAAAACUACACUCUACGGGAAUAUCGCCGGCGCCGAUGCCGGCGUUUAUUCUGUUGGUUCAUCUUUGCUUUAAUCUGUCUGGCCGUGCUUAGUGCCAUCACUGCUUGUGUAUUUUACUUAAUUCUCCGACUGGAAAAACCUAACUAUUCCAUCGAACUCGUCAGCGUCAAGGGAAUGAACCUCACAUCGUCGUUGUCUGCUAUUUCGCCGGAGUUUGACGUAUCCGCUAAAACCGAUAACGGUAACGAAAAAAUUGGAAUCUAUUACGAGAAUGGUAGUACGGUUGAGAUGUUUUACAGAGACGUCAGGCUCUGUAACGGAGCUUUACCGGCGUUUUAUCAGCCGUCAAAUAAAGUGACGGUGUUUAAGACGGUGUUGAAAGGUAACGGCGUCGAACUUUCGGGUUCAAAUAGGAGGAAGAUGGUGAAUGCUAUUAAGAAACGCUGCGUGCCGUUAACGUUGAAGAUGAAUUUACCUGUGAAAUUCAAAAUAGGAUCAGUUAAAACGUGGAAGAUCAGAGUGAAAGUGGAGUGUGAUUUUACGGUGGAUCAGUUAACGGCGAAGGCGAAGAUCGUUAAGAAGUAUUGUAGUUAUGGAUUGGAUUCUUGGUGGUGAAAAUUAUUGUUUGGAUUUAGAAAUAGGAUCAAAUAAUUUAUUUAGAGAUUAUACUAACUAAAUCUGUCUUAAUUUUCAGUACAUUU